CCCGGUCCCCAACCCAUUGGCGAUGCUCUUUCACCCUAGAUACCCUAAUCGAGCUCUCACCCUGGCUACCCCUGGAAGAGCUCCUCCCAUUCCCUUCGCCCUUCGCCUUCCAAACCACUUCCAUACCCUAAUCGUGUCACAAUCUUCUUCAUCUUCUUAAUCUUCAUCUUCGUCUUCAUACUCUUCCUCUCUUUCUCGUUCUUCGUCCGUUCUUUCUGGAUCUCUCUGUUCACCUUCGAAUUCCACAAAUUAAAUUUCGAGCUCCACCAAACAUGGGUGACGGCAAGGUCAAUCUCCUCGAUGAUCUCUUCUCCUCCAAGCCCUCCGAUUCCAAAGGAACUAUCCUCUGUUAAUGGGUACAUGGAAGGUUGCCCCUGCUCUGGUAGCUGGUUGUGUUGCAAUAUUGAAGCCUUCCGAAUUGGCAUCUGUGACAUGUUUGGAGUUGGCUGACAUAUGCAAAGAAGUGGGCCUUCCUCCGAGUUCUAAGAUGAAGCGCAUUGGAAUUGAUACUGAAGCACUCAAAGAGCUCUUUGGGAAGAAAAUUAUGGAGCUUGAGGAGGAAAAAAGAAAAGUGCAGAAAUCUCAAGAUGUUCAUGGCCAAAAAUUGAAAGCACUGGAAGCACAGGUCCAAUUGCAGCAUAAAAUGAAGCAAAAGGCAGAACAAUUUCGACAAUGGAAAGCUUCUCGAGAAAAGGAGUUACUUCAGCUGAAAAGAUUUGCUUGGAGAGAACUGCAAAUAGCUACAGACAACUUUAGUGAGAGAAAUGUUUUAGGACAGGGAGGCUUUCAGAAGGUUUAUAAAGGUGUUCUACCCGAUGGCACAAAAAUUGCUGUUAAAAGAGAGUAUAAGCAGGAACUGUCCCACUAUGGUCAAAAGAUCAACAUCAUCCUUAGCAAACUCAGGAAGCAAAUCACUCUCUGCAAUCUACAGAUAGAGGAGGCAGAAUAUAUUCGCAAGCUCAUGAAACUUUUCGAGGUUGCCUAUCAUCUUUGAGGUCAUUUUCUUAUGAAGAACUCAAACCUGGGGAGGCUGUUUUGGAUUGGCCUACGAGAAAAAAAGUGGCUCUGGGAGCAGCCCGAGGCCUAGAAUAUCUUCAUGAGCAAUGCAAUCCUAAGAUUAUUCAUCGGGAUGUGAAGGCAGCUAAUGUAUUACUGGAUGUGAAGGCAGCUAAUGUCAUUUCUGUAGCUAUAUGUUACUAGUUAUUGUUUGAUUUAUCUUGUAAUAAAAAUUGCAUACUUCAUUUAUUGGUUUGGUAAUAAAAAAGGAUUGAAAAUUUA